UUUGAAUACGUUCUCGUUCAUCCUCGCCUUUGUAAACAAGCGACCUCCGAACAAGAGCAGGCUGGCGUUAACACAAAGUCUUCCCAGGAUGAAGGAAUGCCUCAGCAGUUGCCCCGCCCCCCUGCGAAGGGAGUUGGUAGUUCCCAGCCUUGGGGCGAGGCGUCGUCAGCCGGAGCAGCACCUGAGGCGCGCGCAGGGUCCACUCAGUCCAGAGCGAGGCGCGGUAGCCCGUCGGACGGGACAGAACCAACUUUGAACGGGUGCCGGGGGGAGGGCUCAGUCGAAGAGUCCACGAGGGGGCGCGAGGCGGGGGGGAGAGAUCAGUGCGAGGCGAAAGAAUCAAGAGGGCGCUUGUCGCUUCCCUUCGGACGGACCGUCUCCCAAGAAGUCCGCGCGCGCGGGAGGUGGAAAUGGAGACGCGGCGCAGGACGACCCCUCGCCCGGCUCUGGCGCCGCUGCUGUGGCUCGUGGGCAGCGCGUGGAUCUUAGAUCAUGCAGCUGCGAUGCAAGUCACCGUGGCGACCCCCUUCAACGUGGUCAUCCUCUUUCAGCCUGUCACUCUGCAGUGCAACUAUCAGACCGCGGCCACCCAGCCGCCCAUUGUCACGUGGAAGUACAAAUCUUACUGCCGGAGCCGUCUGGCGGAUGCCUUCAACCCCAGCGGCCAGGACAGUCAGAUCACCAACCAGCUGCAGCAGAACAACCCCGGCUACAACCCGUACGUGGAGUGCCAGGACAAUUCCCGGACUGUGCGGGUGGUGGCCACCAAGCAAGGCAACGCGGUGACCCUCGGGGACUUCUAUCAGGGCCGGCGCAUCACCAUCAUCAAUAAUGCUGACCUCAGCAUAGAGCAGACGGCCUGGGGGGACAGUGGUGUGUACUACUGCACGGUGACCUCCUCUCAAGACCUGCAAGGCAACAACGAAGGCUACGCCGAGCUCAUCGUCUUGGGCAAAUCAUCCGGUGUCUCAGAGCUUUUGCCAGGCUUUCAGAUAGGGCAUAUGGAAGACUGGGUCUUUGUCGCCGUGGUGGUGCUGGGCUUCUUUCUGCUCUUCCUGCUCUUCGGGAUCUGCUGGUGCCAGUGCUGCCCUCACACGUGCUGCUGCUACGUCCGAUGCCCCUGCUGCCCGGAGAAGUGCUGCUGCCCCGAAGCACUCUACGUUGCAGGCAAAGCUGCAACCUCCGGAGUCCCCAGUGUUUACGCACCCAGCAUCUACGCAUCCAGCCAUCAGCUGAAGCCGGGGCCGCCAGCCACUAUGAUCCCCAUGGGCCCCAUGUCUCCCAUGUACAAUGGAUACGGAGUGGAUUACGACAGGGCCAGUUCAGUUGGUGGAAACAGCUCCCAGGUGCCCCUCCUGAGGGAUACAGAUAACCCUGCAAAUGCUGCUGUGCGCAGCGGCUACCGCAUCCAAGCCAACCAGCAGGAUGACUCCAUGCGGGUGCUGUACUACAUGGAGAAGGAGCUGGCCAACUUUGACCCCACACGCCCCGGCCAGCCUAAUGGGAGGCUCGAGAAAGCCUCCGUGAUGAGUGAGCUGAGCUCUCUGCACGAAGACGACCGGCGCUACGACCUGCGGCAGGGGCUGGGCCGGCUGCGGAGCCAAGCCAUGACCCCCAUCAGCGACCUGGAAGAGGAGAGCUUCCGGGGCAGUGAGAACCGGCGCCUGUUGCCCCCCGCUCGGCAUGCCCGCUACGACGACUCCCCGCCCCAGAGCUACGCUCGGCGCCCGCGCUCCCGCUCGAUGGAUGCCCUCGACGACUUGGACCGGGACCCCUACCCGGCCCGGCCCCGAAGCCGGGACCGCCGCGGCUCGGACGACGAGUGCCAUCGCCGCGACCAUUCCCCUGACUCCCGCAAUGACUAUGAGCGCUCGGGCGGGCGACGGAGCCGCAGCCGGGAUGACCUGCGGGACCUGGAGCGCGCCCGCUACGACGACCGGCUGCUGGAGGAAGCGCUGCGCAGGAAGCAGCGGGCAGGCAGCCGGGAGGAGCUGGACCGGGCCGGCGCCUCCAGCGGGAGGGCGGGAAACAAGAGGCACCGGGAGCCCGAUGGCUUCCCGCCCCCGCCGCCGCCUCCAUACACAGAGACGGAGUCCGUCUCUUCCCGUGGCAAGAAUGACCGCAAGCUCCGGAAGAAUAAUGCUGUCAGCAGGGAGAGUUUGGUAGUUUAACUCCACCCGGUUCCGGGCGCCUCCCUCCGGUAGGUGAGAUGGACCCUGCGCCAUGGAUGGCUACCAUAAUGGUCUGUCUGUCGGCAUUGCUUCUGUUCAGGAAGACUCUGGGCAGAGGCCAGUGGAGCUGCUUCUGCCUCCAGCUGGCAACAGGACAGGUCAGCUGCAUCACACCCAAGGAACUGGCGACUUUUCUGUGCCUUUAUUUCUGCAUUAUUGCAUCUUGACUGAGAUGCCUGAGGAGUUCGGAGACCUAGUUUUGCACGCCGCGAAAACGUUACAAUCUUUGCUGGUACUCCUUUAAAUUUCAGGCCGAGACUUUUUCUUUUAAAAGAGUGUCUUUUUGCAAGCGACUGAAGCCGAUAGAAUGAGACCAUUCUGCAUCAAACGAGGGCCUGUCUUUUCCUGCUUCUCUACUUCUGAAGACCAUUCCAAAGAUGACCCACUCAGCUGUGCACCCUUUCCCUCUUCCCUUUGGUCUUAAUGCUGUUUGAACAUAUUUUUAUACUUAAGCCGUGUGUGUGUGUGUGUGUCUGUGUGUGUGUUUUAAACUAGCUGUAGAACUCGCGGUGCUGUAAAUACUCUGAAUUGAGAAGCUUGCCUCUUAUCACCUUUUGUAAAUUUCUGAGAUUACUAUUUUAUAGAAAUGCAAAUAAAAUGAAUAGAAGGUAA